UGAGUUCUGAUUGGCUAAAGGUAGAUGUGUCCCAGGCGCUGAUUAGCUGGCUCUUCGCGGGAAGGAAUUUGUGGCGCCAGUGCAAAGUAGCUACAACGCCGCCACGCCGGAGCGGCAAACACUUCUUAAGUCUUCUUAUUUUCCGAGUCCAAACUUCUUGGCCUCUUUCUCAGGAAAACUGCGACCAGGAUGUGGAAUAGCGGAUUCGAAAGCUUCAGCAGCUCCUCCUAUGGCGCAGCGGGCGGCUACACGCAGUCCCCCGGUGGCUUCGGGUCACCCACACCGUCGCAGGCAGAGAAGAAAUCAAGAGCCCGAGCCCAGCACAUUGUGCCCUGUACCAUAUCUCAGCUGCUCUCUGCUACUCUGACUGAUGAGGUGUUCAAAAUUGGGGAUGUCGAGAUUUCACAGGUCACUAUUGUGGGAAUAAUCAGACAUGCAGAGAAAGCGCCAACCAACAUUGUCUACAAAAUAGACGACAUGACCGCAGCGCCCAUGGACGUUCGCCAGUGGGUUGACACAGAUAACAAAAAGAGCCUGGUGGCCUUUAAGAUCAUUCCUCUGGAGGAUAUGAAUGAGUUCACGGCGCACAUUCUGGAAGUGGUCAAUUCACACUUGAUGCUCAGCAAAGCCAACAGCCAGGCCUCUGUAGGGAGACCAUCUAUGAGCAACCCAGGAAUGGGUGAGCCAGGAAACUUCAGUGGGAAUAACUUCAUGCCAGCAAAUGGCCUCACCGUGGUCCAAAACCAGGUGCUGAAUUUGAUUAAGGCUUGCCCAAGACCUGAAGGAUUGAACUUCCAGGAUCUCAGGAGCCAGCUCCAGCACAUGCCUGUAGCCUCAAUCAAACAAGCAGUGGAUUUUCUAUGCAACGAGGGCCACAUUUACUCUACAGUGGAUGAUGAUCACUUUAAAUCCACGGACGCAGAGUAACGAGCUCUGGGAACUGGCAUCCCAGCGGGCCUGUCAUCAUCUAUCUGUUCUUCCCAGCUCUGCAGGUUUUGGACAGAAGUUCCCUGUAGAAGGUCUCAGCUGAAGUCCUUUUGGAACGCAUUGCUCUUUGUUUUGUCACUUAUUGUUUAGAGGUUCAAAAGGAGAUAGGCAGUUGAGAAAGAAGUAAACUGAGCAGGAUUUCUUAAGAGAAAUUCCGAUAAGCUAGUCAGGACUCCAGAUGGAUGGUGGGAAUGGAAGGAGGACCAGCAGAGCAGAGCAGAACCACGUCAUGCUUGGGAGCCUCUGUUCUUGAAAGGCUUCCGUCGAGAACGAACCAUACUAGGGCCAAGGGCCCAAGAAGAACCUACCUUCCUUCCCCUUGUCCUGCCUGCAGUUGAAAGAAGGUUUAAAUGAGCCUGAGGUUCUGUGCAAAGGCCUCAUGGGGCAGACAGGAAGAAAUGUUACUGUGUUUGUAAUAUAAAUGUUCAUAUGUUUGAUAAAACAGUUCACUUGUAA